AUGCGCCCAAAGGGAUAUCCUCCUGGACCACGAACGAUACCAGUGCUGGGGAAUCUACUUCAAAUGCCGCUCAAGAAUUUCCACCUCGAAUUUCAAAAAUGGGCAUUCGAAUAUGGUCCUAUCAUGUCUUUGAAACUUGGCUGCCAGGACAUGAUCUUGAUCAACGAUCCUGCCGUCGUCAAGGAGCUAAUCGAGAAGAGAAGCAACAUCUACUCUGCUCGCCCAGACCUGUAUAUUCGAGAAUUUGGUAAUAAUCUGAACAUUGCUCUGCGCGACAACGAUGAAGUCUGGCGUCGUCAGCGAAAAAUGUACCACGUACGUCUGAAUGUGCAGACAGCGAACACGUAUCUUCCAUACCAGCUUUUUGACAGCAUUCAGCUGCUAAACGAUCUUUUGGACGAUCCUGGAAAUUGGGUUGGCCAUUUUCAGCGAUACUCUGCCAGCAUUGCGUCGACACUGCUUUACGGUUGGCGAACUCCAAACACUGGCACUGGCUAUGUGAAGGACUUGAUCGAGGUGCGUGUUCAGUGGAUGGACAUCACGUCAGUGGCAGUGAAUCUGCAGCCAGUUGAUUUCUACCCCAUCCUUCGCCCAUGGUACCGGAUCAUGCCAUAUUGGAUGAGUGGCUACAAGCGAGUUCUGAGAGAUAUACAAAAGCUUGAGGACCGACUUUUCUUCGGCCUUCUGAGAAACGCGAAGGACAAGAUCGAUCAAGGAAAGAAAUAUCCAAGUUUUAUUCGAGACAUGUUGACCGACAAGGACGACGACCGACUUGAGGAACGACAAAUUGCACACAACGCAGGGCACGGAUUUGGAGCAGCAACGGAUACUCAAUGGAACACAAUGCUUGGCUUCCAAUUUCAGGCCAUGCUGUUGUUUCCAGAAGUCCAAGCCGAGGCACAGCGAGAACUCGAUCGAGUGGUCGGGUGCUCGCGCAUGCCCACAUGGGAUGACCGGCCGAACCUGGCGUACAUUCGCGGCAUCGUGGAGGAAACUCUAAGAUGGGCUCCCAGCACCCUGAGUGGCGCCGUCCCUCACUCAGUUCUGCGUGACGAUGUCUAUAAAGGGAUGCUGAUUCCCAAAGGAGCAACUGUAUUGAUGAAUGUCUGGAGUCUCAAUCACAACACCUUCAAAAACUCACGAGACUUCGAUCCCACACGACACGACCCCGAAUCGACUUUGAUCGAAAGCAAUGCGAUCAGUGCCGAUUCCACCAAACGUCCUCAUUUCACGUUUGGCGGCGGCAGACGGGUGUGUCCCGGCUUUCAUGUGGCCGAAAGAGGACUUUUCCUGGCUUUAUCGCGGACCCUAUGGGGGUUCAACAUGACCCGUGUCCGUGAUGCGAAUGGACAACUCAAGCCGAUCAAUCGGGACGCGGUCACUCCUGGUUUCAUUGUUCGGCCAGAGUCUUUUGAAUGCAACUUCACACCCCGAGACCAGCAACGAGUCGAGGUGAUUCGGAGGUGCUGGGAGGAAGCCAAGUCAACUUUAGAUGCGGACGGAAAUUUCAACGAAGAGUUUUUCGUCUCCGCGUUCUCCAAAAAAGAGCGUGAAGAUUGA